GACCCCUGCUGACUCGGUCCUGCCCCUGCCGAGAGCUCGGCCGGAAGAUGGCGGCGGCCGCUGAGUUGACGCUGCUGGAGAAGUGUCUGGGGCUGAGUAAAGGGAACAAGUACAGCGCUCAGGGCGAGCGCCAGAUUCCAGUUCUUCAGACGAACAAUGGUCCAAGCCUAACAGGAUUGACUACCAUAGCAGCUCACCUAGUCCAGCAGGCCAGCAAGGAAUAUUUGCUGGGGAGCACUGCAGAGGAAAAAGCAGUGGUUCAACAGUGGUUAGAAUACAGGGUAACUCAAGUAGAUGGACACUCCAAUAAAGACGAAAUCUGCACUGUUCUGAAGGAUCUUAAUUCAUAUCUUGAAGAUAAAGUCUACCUUACAGGAUAUAACUUCACAUUAGCAGAUAUCCUCUUAUACUAUGGACUUCAUCGCUUUAUUGAAACGUCUCAUCAAUCCAGAGACAACUAGAGAAAACACAAGCCCUUCAGGGAGAUGACAGAGUCCUUUUUGUCCUCAAAACUCUGAGAUUCCAUGGGUCAAAGAGCAAGGACACAGAGCAGCCUGGACCCCAGCCCAAGGUAUCUGGCAGGAGGGCUCUGCCACUGGAACUUUUCUUUCAGUUGCUCUUUGCUGUCUGAGCUGCAGCUUAAAGAUUUCUCUAAAAGAGGAGAAAGAAACGGAGGUAUACUCUGGACCUGACCAUCCCAGAGAACAACGCAACGCAGUACUGGGUGGAACAAAACAAUCAAACGGCUGGAACGUGUAUCUACAGGCUGUAAGCAACGGAAUGGCAGGAAAGUCAUUGCAUAGGGAUUUAAUAUUGUCCCCUCUGGUAGAUGUCGCCUCCGUGAGGGGAGGAAAAGGCUGGGUCAGUGCUAUAUCCCAGCCCUUAGCACUGCGCUUGGCACACGGAAAGUGCGCAAUCCAUAUUUGUUAAACGUGUUUGAAUGAGGAAAUGAAAAGGCCAGUUAGAGGUAGUAUGGCUUCCCUCUUCCUUCUCUCCAGAUCACCCUCCCCUACUUUCUCUUUAUCCGCCACCUACACUUAAACACGUACGCAGGGACCAGGUUGUUUCUGCCCCAAACCAGCUGGGCAUUUAGCCUCUCUAUGCCUCAGCCUCCUCACCUGUCAAAUGAGGAGAGUAAUAAUGCUUCCAACUUCAGAGGACUGCCAUGAACCCUCACUGGAUCAGCGUGUGUAGAGCGCUUACAACAUUAGCUGGCCUGUCGUAAGUGCCGUGUAAGUGUUUGUUCAGUUGCAGCAAGUUCUGACACUGAUCCCAGAGUUAGCCCAGACCUCAUAGACUCCAGAAGGCUCCACAAGCUCUGGCGGUUCCCAGGCCACCUGAGCUUCUGUCCAGCUGUCUACAAAUGUCAGGAGGUCUCACUUUACCCUUUCAGGUUCAAUAAUUCACUAGAAUGACUCACAGAACUCAGGAAAGUGCUGUACUUAGGAUUACAAUUUUAUUGUAAAUGAUAAAAAUCAAGACCAGCC